UUAAUUCUAUUGGAUUUUGAACAUAUAAAAAGAAGAGAUACCCCAUGCCACUUCAUCAGUUUCAGUUUACCAGAAAGUCAGCCUUCUUUGUUUGACAAUUCAGUGCUGCUGUUCAGCUCAACAAUUGAAGAUGAAUCUAUGGACCUUUGUGUUGCUGGGAUUCCUGGCUCAUUCUUCUUGUAGUGAAAACUAUGCAGUAAAUGAAGAAAAAUUUAAAGAAAAAGUAUGUGAUAUAGUGAAGAACCAACUUGCCAACAAUGACGGUCGUACUUUUCCUCCAGUUGUUAUUUCUGGUGUUGGUCAAGUAACUACAACUGGUAAAGGCUACAAAGAUCUUAACAUAACCAUGACAAAAGAAAGCGAUGGUACCUAUAAGCUCAAGUGUGGAGGAUCCAUUACUGUCACCAGCCCUCAGACUACUGAUUUAGUCCUCAACCUUGAUUUAACGGCAUCACUCAGUUUGGAACUUGUUAAUGGAAUCCCCCAAUUGACACAAAAAACAGUUGGGGUCAUCACAAGCGUAGUAAAAACAGUUACAGGUCUAGUAGGAGGCAUUCUGCAGAUUCUAGGGGGGAUUCUACAGACUGUACUGGGCUUAUUUACACAAUCUUGUAAAGAAGGUGUUGAAGAACAAAUUAAACUAGAGAUUACAAAGGUCCUAGGUGUCAUCAACGCUGAAUUACAAGGAUUGCUAGGUUCAUCAGGAACGGGCAUUUUAACUGCUGGAGGUAUCUUGAAAUUCCCAUCUGAGUUUUCAAUUAUAGGACAAAAUGGCGGGAGCCAAUGCGGUUGUGACCCAGGCCAACAACCACAAGACCCAGGCCAACAACCACAAGACCCAGGCCAACAACCACAAGACCCAGGCCAACAACCUCAAGACCCAGGCCAACAACCUCAAGACCCAGGCCAACAACCUCAAGACCCAGGCCAACAACCUCAAGACCCAGGCCAACAACCUCAAGACCCAGGCCAACAACCUCAAGACCCAGGCCAACAACCUCAAGACCCAGGCCAACAACCUCAAGACCCAGGCCAACAACCUCAAGACCCAGGCCAACAACCUCAAGACCCAGGCCAACAACCUCAAGACCCAGGCCAACAACCUCAAGACCCAGGCCAACAACCUCAAGACCCAGGCCAACAACCUCAAGACCCAGGCCAACAACCUCAAGACCCAGGCCAACAACCUCAAGACCCAGGCCAACAACCUCAAGACCCAGGCCAACAACCUCAAGACCCAGGCCAACAACCACAAGACCCAGGCCAACAACCACAAGACCCAGGCCAACAACCACAAGACCCAGGCCAACAACCACAAGACCCAGGCCAACAACCACAAGACCCAGGCCAACAACCACAAGACCCAGGCCAACAACCACAAGACCCAGGCCAACAACCUCAAGACCCAGGCCAACAACCACAAGACCCAGGCCAACAACCACAAGACCCAGGCCAACAACCACAAGACCCAGGCCAACAACCACAAGACCCAGGCCAACAACCACAAGACCCAGGCCAACAACCUCAAGACCCAGGCCAACAACCACAAGACCCAGGCCAACAACCACAAGACCCAGGCCAACAACCACAAGACCCAGGCCAACAACCACAAGACCCAGGCCAACAACCUCAAGACCCAGGCCAACAACCUCAAGACCCAGGCCAACAACCUCAAGACCCAGGCCAACAACCUCAAGACCCAGGCCAACAACCUCAAGACCCAGGCCAACAACCUCAAGACCCAGGCCAACAACCUCAAGACCCAGGCCAACAACCUCAAGACCCAGGCCAACAACCUCAAGACCCAGGCCAACAACCUCAAGACCCAGGCCAACAACCAGGAAUACCAGGAGGACAACCAGGAGGGGAACAAGGACAAGGAUAACAACCAGGCCAAGAAAAGAAGAAUAGGAAGGACUUGGCGGAUUUAAACUCGUGGGAUGUGGCUUGUGCUUUUCUAAAAAUCAUUGCUCAUUCUUACUUGCUUGCACAAACAUUUAUGAGUAACUAAUCAACCCAAGGCUUGUACACGCAUUUUACGCAUGUCAUGUGGGAGAGAAUACCUUCCACAUUCAAUGCAUCUCUGACAAUAAAUUUCAGCAUCAUA